AUGACAAUCGAUGUGAACGAGACUGAGAGCACAGAUUUCUUGAAAAUAUCUCGACUUGCAUCUGACGGCAGCCUUAUACCUAUCCUACGAUCCGCUCUUGUUGGGAUGCCACUGUUGAAGUUGCGACCAGCCCGAUGUCCUCUGUGCAAAGGGUACUCCAUCGUCUUGAGAAGAAAAUAUAUGGAAGUGUUACUCAACCGUGGAAUAGAAUGGAAAUGUGGAGAUCGAUUGAUUCUGUGCAAGGUCUCGCAGAAGAUCCAGAAGGUCGGGCAGAACUAUGUUCAAAGACGACAUACCUCGGCGAAGAUGCAAGCAUUUGUCAGGCGAUAA